AUGACAGCUGACUUCUGUGUCUCCUUUGAUAAACCACUGUUGAUAUCCCUGCAGGAAGCAGAGGCGUUAGUUGCGGAUGUUUAUCGUGUUCUGGGGCGGCCGCGUGGACUGCGGAUCGGCGAGGAGCCCGACCGAGACGGACAGUACUUCCACUACUUAACAAAAUGGAUGUACGCUCUGCACCAGCUCGGCAAGGUGAAACCAGAGUACCAUGAGCGAGCCGUGAAGUUAGCGAAGGACGUCCACCACGCCUUCUACGUGCCGGGGGUCGGGGUUCGCUGGAAGAUGCUGGAGGAUCUGUCCGGGCCCUACCCGGGUUACGGCCUUGGUGGGCUCGACUUCUACGACGGGUUUGUGACGUACCGGCUGCUGGACCCGGCGGCGCUGUCAGCCGAGAUCGUCAACAUGCAGCAGCUGGUCAUGAAGAACUACAGGAGCUUCAGCUGCACUCAGGUGGGCGUCAGGGAGGGCUGUGAUUGGUCAGGAUUGCCAUGGGGACAUUGA